AUGAGCGGCCCCUACCCGGAGGAGAGCUGCGCCGAGCGCCCCGAGUGCAAAAGUAAAUCGCCAACUUUGCUGUCCUCCUACUGCAUCGACAGUAUCCUGGGCCGGCGGAGCCCCUGCAAGGUGCGGCUGCUCGGUACCGCGCCCGCCCUGCCCGCCAUCGCCGCCCGUCCCGACACUGACAAGGCCGCGCAAGGGUCCCCUAAGGGCAGUCCCCCCUUCGAGCCAGCCGAGUUGCACCUUCCCCCCAAACUGCGCCGGCUGUACGGGCCCGGCGGGGGCCGGCUGCUGCCGCCGCGGGCGGCGGGGCCGCGGGGAGACCGGCCGGAGGGGCGCCCGGAGGGGGGCGCGGGGCCCGUGCCCGCCGCCGCCCCGUGGGACACUCUGAAGAUCAGCCAGGCGCCCCAGGUCAGCAUCAGCCGCAGCAAAAGCUACCGUGAAAACGCGCCCUUCGUGGCGCCGCCGCCCGCCCGGGACGAGCUGGGCAGCCCCGCCGCGCACGUCGAGGAACGGCCGGGCCCUGCUGCGCCGGCCGCGGACGAGGAAGAAGAGGAAGAGGACGAAGAGAUGCUGGAGGAGGAGGAGGACGAGGAGGAAGAGGAGCUGGAGGACGACGAGGAGGAGGAAUUGCUGGGCGAGGACGGCGGGGGGCUGCUGAAAGAUGCCCGCCGGGGCGCCACCGCGGCCCCCGGGGCGGAGGGCGGGGAUCUGUCCCCCAAGGAGGAGCUGCUGCUGCACCCCGAGGACGGCGAGGGCAAGGACGGCGAGGAGAGCGUCUGCCUCUCGGCCGGCAGCGACUCCGAGGAGGGGCUGCUCAAGAGGAAGCAGCGCCGCUAUCGUACCACCUUCACUAGCUACCAGCUGGAGGAGCUGGAGAGGGCCUUCCAGAAAACCCACUACCCCGACGUCUUCACCAGGGAGGAGCUGGCCAUGAGGCUCGAUCUGACAGAAGCCCGAGUGCAGGUAUGGUUCCAGAACCGUAGGGCUAAGUGGCGGAAGAGGGAAAAGGCUGGGGCUCAGACACACCCCCCAGGUUUGCCUUUCCCUGGUCCCCUGUCAGCAACUCACCCCCUCAGUCCAUACCUUGAUGCUAGUCCUUUCCCUCCUCAUCACCCAGCUCUAGACUCCGCCUGGACCGCCGCAGCCGCCGCGGCCGCCGCCUUCCCCAGCCUGCCGCCGCCGCCCCCCGGCUCCGCGGCGCUGCCCCCCGGCGGGACCCCGCUCGGCCUCGGCACCUUCCUGGGCGCGGCCGUGUUCCGCCACCCCGCCUUCAUCAGCCCCGCCUUCGGCAGGCUCUUUUCCACCAUGUCCCCCCUGGGCAGCGCCUCCAGCGCCGCGGCCCUGCUGCGGCAGCCGGCUCCGGCCGCCGAGGGCGCGGUGGGCUCGGCGGGGCUGGGGGACCCGGCCAGUGCCGCCGCCGACCGGCGGGCAUCCAGCAUCGCCGCCCUGCGGCUGAAGGCCAAGGAACACGCCGCCCAGCUCACCCAGCUCAACAUCCUCCCCGGGAGCAGUACGGGGAAAGAGGUGUGCUAAGGCACGGCUGCCGUCCGCGGGGUGCGGGUUAGGUUUUUUUAGGGGGGAGAGAAAAAAGUGAGGGAGAGGAGAGUAAACACGCGAGUCAAUAAAGGUCACCUCAGACAGCAGCAAUCAAGACCAAACGGGGGGAAAAAUAAUAAUGAGUUUUUUUUAAAAAAAGAGGACCAGCAGCUGAGACUGUAGUAGGUUCUCA